UUGAGUUUUACAUUCGCGUUUGCCGAUUUCGUUUUCCAUCUGAGGGAUGCUGUAAUCUAAGGAAACUUUAUAUUCGUCAAACUCCCGAGGACGACAAAAGACGUGCGAAUCGGAACGAAAAACCAGCAAGAGGAAGAGCAACAGCAAAAGCGAAAGCACAGCAGCAUCUGCUUUGCCAGCAAAAGCAGGAAAGCAGGAAAGCUCGCUACAUAUUGCUACAAAGUUACGUGCCUAUGAGUGGGCGAGUUCGCGUACAUGUCUGGCAAUGUAUUUGACAGCCUUUCCCUUUUGGCCAUUGGUAUGCUUCGUGUGGCUCUGUUUCGGUCUCGGCGACCUAACGAAAUUUGCAGUGAAACGCAACGCACCGCACUAUGGAAUCCAGCCGACAAACGCACUGGGGCGUUGGGAUUGGAAUAAGCACGGGGAGCAGCACUCGGAUGCCAGGAUGCCGGGCCAUUUAGAGACAGGGAACGAGUCCCGGGAGGAGCAGCUGUCGGAGGAGCUGAAGCAGUUCGGCGAGAAGCUGCUGCCCGUCUCCAAUUAUCCGCCUUAUCAGAAUCACAACGAUGAUAGCCAGGAGGUCCAUCACAGUGGCGAGGGUCGAGUUCACACCAUGGAGCCAUCGGUGCCGGCGAGGCCAAAAACCUCCGGAGGUUCGAGUGAUGCGCCGAAAUUCCGAAACAUCGGUGGUGCCCAGAAGAGUCGAACGGAGAUGUCGGGGAUGCGGGAAAUCGAUCGGAUCAGCUCGCGGGGUCGAGACGGCUUCAUCGGUGGACCGAGCCACAAACAGAAACCCUUUCGCGUCAAUCUGGCUGUCCUAGUGCAAGACGAUCCCAGUCAACCGGGCGAGACGUAUGCCAACUGCCAGAACUCGAAUGAAUCCGGCGAGGACUGCCACACCGACGAGGAUGCGAUGCCGAACUUGCAGCGGGACUGCGAGAAGACCGGGAUACACGUGAUGUGCCCGCGAACCUUUCGCUGCAUCAGCAAAUACUGGCUGUGCGACGGCGACGACGACUGCGGCGAUUACUCGGACGAAACGCACUGCGGCGCCAGAACGAACUGCACGGACGAUCAGUUCGAGUGCCUCAACGGGUUCUGCAUUCCGAGGACCUGGCUGUGCGACGGCGAGAACGACUGCAAGGACUUCUCCGACGAGUCGCACUGCAAUCGCACCAGCUGCACGGACGAGCACUUCACCUGCAACGACGGCUACUGCAUUUCGCUGGCUUUCCGCUGCGACGGGGAGCAGGAUUGCAACGACAACUCGGACGAGCUGAAGUGCGCCGCGGUGAUCAACAGCUGUCCCGAGGGCGAGUUCAAGUGCAGGGGUGGCCUGGGUGGUGCCGGUGGCCCCAGUGGCCAGUGCAUCCUGAAUCGGUUCCGUUGCGACGGCGACAACGAUUGCGGCGACUGGAGCGACGAGGAGAACUGCCCUCAGAAGCCGUCGCUCUGCACCUCCAACGAGUACAAGUGCGCCGACGGCACCUGCAUCCCGAAGCGCUGGAAGUGCGACAAGGAGCAGGACUGCGACGGCGGCGAGGACGAGAACGACUGCGGCAGCUUGGGAUCCGAGCACCCGAUGACCUGCGGAUCCGACGAGUUCACCUGCAACAACGGGCGAUGCAUUCUGAAAACCUGGCUUUGCGAUGGCUAUCCAGACUGCGCAACUGGAGAGGAUGAGGUUGAGUGCCACCUACAGUGUGACCUGGGACAGUUUUUGUGCCCCACAAAACAAAACAUAACGAAUCUUAAAAUAUGUGUUCACCAGAAGCACAUUUGCGACGGCCAUAACGAGUGCCCUGCUGGCGAGGACGAGGCGGACUGUCCCAAGGAGCGAAAGUGCCCGGAGCCGAGUCCCUGCGAGCAGCUCUGCAUCGAAACGAAGGCGGGCCGGAACGAGUGUGCCUGUCGACUGGGUUAUGUCAUGGACAAGAACAAAGUCAACUGCACGGACAUCGACGAGUGCCAGUACCUGACCAGUCCGGUGUGUUCGCAGAAGUGCCACAACACCUUGGGUUCCUUCAAGUGCUCCUGCGAAACGGGCUACAUCCUGCGGCCGGAUCUGAGAUCCUGCAAGGCGCUCGGCGGCGCCAUGACCCUCCUGGUGGCCAAUCGCUGGGACAUCCGGCGCGUGACCCUCAGCAACAAUCGCUACACGGCGAUCGUGAAGGGAUUGCACAAUGCGAUCGCUUUGGACUUCCACCAUCGCAAGGGACUGAUGUUCUGGUCCGACGUCUCCACCGAUGUGAUCAAGAUGGUCUACAUGAACGGCACUCGGGUGCGCGACGUCAUCAAGUGGGGCUUGGAGUCGCCGGGUGGCAUUGCAGUCGACUGGAUACACGAUCUGCUGUUUUGGACCGAUUCGGGAACGCGACGCGUGGAGGUGUCCAAUUUCCAGGGUAAUCUGCGCACGGUGAUUGCCUCGUACGAUCUGGACAAGCCGCGAGCGAUAGUCGUCCAUCCGGGCGAGGCUCUGGCCUUCUGGAGCGACUGGGGUCCCAAUCCGAAGAUCGAACGCGCCUACAUGGACGGCAGCCAGCGGAAAGUAAUCAUAUCAAAGGGGGUCACCUGGCCGAAUGGCCUGGCCAUCGACUUUCCCAACAGCAAGAUCUACUGGGCGGAUGCCAAGCAGCAUGCCAUCGAGUGCUCCAACCUGGAUGGCAGCGAUCGCACCAAGGUGCUCAGCGACCAUCUGCCGCACCCCUUUGCGCUCACCCUCUUCGAGGACACGAUGUACUGGACGGACUGGAACACGAAGACAGUUUCCGCAGCGGACAAGAUCACGGGCAAGUCCUUUAGGCCCGUCCACGAGAACUUCCACUUUCCCAUGGACAUACACGCCUAUCAUCCUGCCCGACAGCCGGAGUACUCGGAUCGCUGUCAGAAGGAUCGUCGGGGACUUCGUGGAGGUUGCUCGCACCUCUGUUUGCCGAACAAGAAUUCCAGGAGAUGCGGCUGUCCCAUUGGACUUUCGCUGAAGGAGGAUGGCAAGACGUGCAAGAGCACCGCGGACAAACUGGUGCUGGUCGCCCGCAGAAAGGACAUUCGGCUGAGGCACCUGAAGAACAACCAAGCCGAUCCCAACGAGGUGGACAUGAUAGUGCCCCUGGACAAUCUGAAGCACGCCGUGGCGCUGGACUGGUGCAGCGACUCGGACUUCAUCUACUGGACGGAUGUGGAGCGGAGCACCAUCAACAAGGCCCACCUCAAUGGCAGCUACCAACAGCGAGUGGUCCACUCCAAUCUGGUUUCUCCGGUGGGCUUGGCUCUCGACUGGAUAACCGAUAAACUGUAUUGGACCGAUCCCACAACGAAUCGCAUCGAAGUGGCGACCACCAAUGGCAAGAUGAGGACGCUGCUCAUCUGGGAGAAGCUUUACAAGCCACGGGAUAUCGUUGUCAACCCGAUUGAUGGCUUUAUGUUUUGGUCGGAUUGGGGCGACGAUCCCAUGAUUGAACGCGCCAAUAUGGAUGGACGUGAUCGCAUCACUAUAUCAUCGAAAAAACUGAUUUUUCCCAAUGGCCUGGCAAUUGAUUAUGAGAAAAGCAAACUCUACUUUGUGGAUGGUGGCACAAAGACACUGGAGUACAUGAACUUCGAUGGCAGCAAUCGCCAAGUAAUCAUAAAUGGUCUUGGUCAUCCUUUUGGCCUGGAUGUGAACGAGGGCCGUGUCUUCUGGACGGACUGGGACACCCGGUCCGUGAUGAGUGCCAACAAGCUGACGGGCAAGGAGACGAACGUGAUAAUUGCGAACAGCAGCGAUCUGAUGGACAUCCGGGUGUUCCAUCGCACCCGCAGGCGCAUCUUCAAUGCGUGCGAGCGGCUCAACGGCGGCUGCUCCCAUCUGUGCCUCCUGAAUCCCACCAGCUACACCUGCGCCUGCACCGUGGGCGUCCAGCUGAAGGAGGACAAGCACACCUGCUCCGAGGGACCCACUCAGUACAUCCUCUUCGCGCACCGCAUCGACAUUCGUCAGAUAUCGCUGGACUUCGAUCACCUCAUCGAUGUGGUGUUGCCCCUUCCGCCGAUCUCGAAUGCCGUGGCCCUCGAUGUGGAUAGGAAUACGGGCUACAUCUACUGGUCGGACACCAUUGAGAACGUGAUCAUGAGCUCCAGUCCGGAUGGCCUGCAUGUCCACAAGGUCGUUGGCGAUAGCUUGGAGAAUCCCGAUGGCUUGAUUGUCGAUUCGGUGGGUCGAACUAUCUAUUGGGCCGAUGCGGGUCGUCAUACGAUUGAAGUGGCGCGACUCGAUGGCAGCUACCGCCAUGUGAUCGCCUACAAGGAUCUGGAGUCGCCGCGGGGCUUGGCCCUGGACUACGAGGCGGGUCUGCUGUUUUGGACCGACUGGGGUCACUAUCGCAAGAUCGAGCGAUCCCACUUGGAUGGCAACGAGCGGUCGCGCAUCGUGACCGCCAAUCUUGGCUGGCCAAAUGGUCUGUCGCUGGAUUUGAAGAGCAAGCGAAUCUACUGGGUGGACGCCAUGCUCAAGACGAUUGACUCGUGCGACUACACGGGUAAUCAGCGCAAGUUGAUCAUGUCCUCCCUGCACCAUCCCUAUGCACUGGCCCUCUCGGAGGACAGCAUCUACUGGACCGACUGGAAGUCGAAGGCCUUGCACAUGACUGAACGGCGGAAUAUCAGCGCCAAGCGGGACAUCAUCACAAACAUCGAUGGCCUGAUGGACAUCAAGGUGAUCGAUCAGGAUCAGCCGAUGACCGAGAAUGUCUGUGGACGGAAUAAUGGUGGGUGUUCCCACCUCUGCCUGCGUAAUCCAUCUGGAUUUUCCUGCCAAUGUCCGAUUGGCCUGAGAUUACGUGUGAAUAGUACAAAGGAGUGCCAGAAUUUGCCAGAGGAUUAUCUUCUCAUCGCCUUGCGUUCUGGAAUUGGAAUGAUUUCCCUGAAUUCGGGAGAUUUCAUGGACGUCGUUCUGGCCAUAAAUGGCGUUCAUGGAGCAGUUGUCCUCGAUUAUCACUACCGCAAAAACCUACUCUUCUUUGCCGAUGUUAAUCUGGACGUAAUUCGACGGGUUAAUCUGCUGAAUCUCACUGAAAGCAAGGUGAUAGUGGGCACCGAUGUCCUGACUCCCAACGGAAUCGCCGUCGACUGGAUCGCAGAUAACCUUUAUUGGUCCGAUACUGAUCGCAAGCUAAUCGAGGUGUCUCGCCUGGACGGAAGCUCGCGGAAGAGGAUCAUCGAGGAUAAUCUGGGUGACGUGAGGUCACUGAUUGUGCAUCCAAAGAAAGCUUACUUGUUUUGGUCUGAUUGGAGUUCGCCGGCAAAGAUCGAACGCAGCUACUUGGAUGGCUCGAACCGCACUGUUCUUAUAACAUCUGGAAUUGGAUUCCCCACAGGCCUUACCAUCGAUUUUAGCAAUCGGCGAUUACUUUGGGCCGACGCCUUGGAGGACAACAUUGGUCAAGUAGAUUUUAAUGGAAAACGCCGUCAGACGAUUGUGCCCUAUGCUCCUCAUCCAUUUGGCUUGACAAUGUUUGAGAGUAGCAUAUUCUGGACGGAUUGGCACAACAAAUCGGUGUACCGAUCGCAGCGAUUGCCACGCACUGGAUAUGGCAAUCCCUUCGAGGUUCGGGACGCACUCAGUGGAGCCCUGGACAUCCGAGCUGUUUCGCUGCAACGCCAACCGAAGAGCUGGAACCACUGUGCCCAGGACAAUGGCGGGUGCUCGCAUCUCUGUCUCUAUCGCUCGGCGGACUACGUGUGCGCCUGUCCCGACAUCCACGAUCCCAAGUGCUCCACGAAGCCCAAGGUGCUGGUGCACUCGAGCCUGGAGACUGAUCAAAUGCUCGAGUACUCCGACGAGUCCACCGACGAUUCCACGCCCACGGAUUUGCUGGGCGAAUCCAACAACCUGGACGACGACGGCCACACGAAAAAGAGCGACCAAGAAAGAGAGUUCUUCGUCCUCGUGGCUUUGGGCGUGGUCAUUGUUAUGGUGGUCAUCAUAAUACUUGUUAUUUUCAUGCUUGCUUUCAAUACAAGCAAGAAGAAAAACAAACGAAACUCCCGCGGUUCCAGUAGAUCUGUCCUAACUUUUUCAAAUCCAAAUUACAAUGUUGAUGGCACGCCCAUGGAGCCAAAAACAAAUAUUUGGAGGCGAUUUAAGUACGAAAAAUCGCAUCAGGAUCGUUCGGCGGUUUAUGAAGAGCGCAGUUUGACAACGGAGACGGCUUCCUCGAGCCUUUUUGUCCCGACUCCAUCGCCGAUGGCGUCGCCCUCAUCGAAAACAAUCCAACUGACAACGCUCUCUACUAUCACAUAGCUGGCAUAAUUAGCUGAUGGUCAACCUAUAGAAGGAAGUCCUUGAAUACCAUUUGCCGAUUAAUGCCAAAUGUGUGAUUCAUUUGAUUGUAAAUGUGGUAGCGAACUGUUUUUAAUUUGCUCUUCAAGCCCCGGUAGACAAUUCGGUUAAUCAUUGUUUUGUAAGUGCAACCAUGUCCUGUUAAAGCUAAAAACAAAGGGGGGUUUUAAGAUGAUACAAAAUAUAUUAUAUAAUGUGAGAUAUUAUUCAAUUAUGUACGUAUUCACUAAAUUAUUUUCCUAUUUAUUUUUUCCUUUAACAUAAGUAAUAACUAUUAAGUAAUUCGGGUGCUUCGACUUUGAAACAAAAAAAAAUAUCCUACUAUUGGGCGUUGUUUUUUGUUUCGUGCUGAUCAAAAAUUAAAAUUACUAUAGCAUGGUUUACGUUUAUCUGAUUGCCAAUGAUAAAAUCAUUGUUAAGUCCAAUCGAAAAACACAGUUGGUGUGGAAGUUUUUGAGAGAUUCCCCUUUAAACAAAAAAAAAAAAAAAAAAAAAAACAAAAUAUAAAUGUCGAAAAACUUCCAUUUCUGUGCGUCUGUAAGAUAAAAUUAAAAAAAGCUCUGGCUCUUAUUUUAUAAGUGCUAGACAGUUGAUCUAAGUCUGUAUGCCAAAAUUGUACAACAUAAUUAAACGAAGAGAUGUCAACAUUUUUUUGGGGCCCACGAAAGCAAACAUCGUUUGGUUCAGCGGCUCACAUGAAAUGUUAUUAAAAUGGUUUAGUUAAAAAAUGUUUUUCAAAAUAUAAAAACCACGGGCUUGGUUCCAUUAAGGGCUUCAGCAAAAUAUCUGGUAACUUAAGUUUUCUAUCCGUGUUUGUAUAUAUAUUUUUGCUUGCAGAUGUAUGAACUAUUAAAUACACAAAAAAGCAUUCAUAUAUUUGCUCAACAAAACAAUUGGGGCAAAUUGAUUUUUUGUGUUUUUACUAAAAACUUUAUGACUUUGUUUAGUUCGGAAUUCCAUUGCCAAAUUUGUAUACAGGAUGAAAUUAUGAAAUUAUAUGCUGACCAUCGCAUAUGAAUGGAAAUAAUUGAUAAU